CGCACGCCGACUGGACGAGACCUUCACAACAAGCCAAUGGCUAUGAGCUAUUGAAGAGGAUGACAACGUCGCUAGUGCAUUAUUUCAACGAACAGUGACCCAAAGUCAAAUGAGCAGAACCCCCACAAGCGUGUAGAAGCCACUAUAUAUAUAUAAACACAGUCUACAUCCUCACCAUGCCGAGCAGUAAGGCUGAGAAACAGGAGGUCAGCGAUAAUGUCAAAGUUGUGGUGAGAUGUCGUCCCCUCAACCAGAAGGAGAAGAUGAUGGCCCACAAGCAGGCCGUGGUAGUGGACGAGAUCCGUGGGACCAUCACCGUGAACAAACUGGAGAACCCCCACGAACUUCCUAAGACGUUCACCUUCGACACUGUGUUUGGACCGGACAGCAAGCAGCUGGAUGUCUACAACCUCACAGCCCGCCCCAUCGUUGACUCGGUGUUAGAGGGCUAUAAUGGCACAAUUUUUGCAUACGGGCAAACUGGCACGGGAAAAACCUUCACCAUGGAGGGCGUCAGGGCCGUACCAGAACUCCGAGGCAUCAUUCCUAAUUCUUUUGCUCAUAUUUUUGGACACAUUGCUAAGGCAGAGGGCGACACCAGAUUUUUAGUUCGUGUUUCCUACCUGGAGAUUUACAACGAGGAAGUGCGGGACUUGCUGGGCAAAGACCAGUUGCAGAGGCUUGAGGUCAAAGAAAGACCAGAUGUUGGCGUGUACAUCAAAGACCUCUCUGGUUAUGUUGUAAACAACGCUGACGAUAUGGACAGGAUUAUGACACUGGGCCACAAAAACCGGUCGGUCGGUGCUACGAACAUGAAUGAGCACAGCUCCCGCUCUCAUGCCAUCUUCACCAUCACCAUCGAGUGCAGUGAGAAGGGUGUAGAUGGCAACCAGCACGUGCGCAUGGGGAAGCUUCAUCUCGUAGAUCUGGCAGGUUCAGAAAGACAAGGCAAAACUGGAGCCACAGGUCAGCGUUUGAAGGAAGCAACGAAGAUUAAUCUCUCCCUCUCCACCCUGGGGAACGUCAUCUCUGCCCUGGUGGACGGAAAGAGCACACACGUUCCCUACAGGAACUCCAAAUUGACCCGUUUGCUGCAGGAUUCACUGGGAGGAAACUCCAAGACCAUGAUGUGUGCAAAUAUAGGCCCUGCAGACUACAACUAUGACGAGACCAUCAGCACCCUGCGGUACGCUAACCGGGCUAAAAACAUCAAAAACAAAGCUAGAAUCAACGAGGAUCCCAAGGAUGCCCUUCUACGGCAGUUUCAGAAAGAGAUCGAGGAGCUCAAGAAGAAACUGGAAGAAGGUGAGGAGAUCUCUGGCUCGGAAGGCAGUGGCUCAGAGGAGAUGGAUGAAGGGGAUGACGAUGCCGGGGGCGCAGGAGAAGUCCGGCGUAGAAGAAGGGGAAGGAAGAAGGUUUCCCCAGACAAGAUGGUGGAGAUGCAGGCAAAGAUUGACGAGGAAAGAAAGGCCCUGGAGGCCAAGCUGGACAUGGAGGAGGAGGAGAGGAACAAGGCAAGAGCAGAGCUGGAGAAGAGGGAGAAAGAUCUCCUUAAAGCCCAACAAGAGCAUCACCUCCUGCUAGAGAAGUUGUCAGCGUUGGAGAAGAAGGUGAUUGUCGGUGGAGUGGACCUUCUGGCCAAGGCCGAGGAGCAGGAGAGGCUCCUGGAGGAAUCAAACAACGAGCUUGAGGAGCGUCGCAAAAGAGCAGAACGGCUACGUAAGGAGCUGGAGGAGAAAGAGCAAGAACGUUUGGAUAUAGAGGAGAAAUACACAAGUCUACAAGAAGAGGCUCAAGGGAAGACCAAAAAGCUGAAGAAGGUUUGGACCAUGCUGAUGGCUGCCAAAUCUGAAAUGGCAGAUCUGCAACAAGAGCACAACAGAGAGAUCGAGGGCCUCCUGGAAAACAUCCGCCAGCUGAGUCGAGAGCUGAGGCUCCAGAUGCUCAUCAUAGAUAACUUUAUUCCCCAGGAGUACCAGGAGAUGAUAGAAAAUUACGUCCACUGGAAUGAAGACAUAGGAGAGUGGCAGCUGAAAUGUGUCGCUUACACUGGAAACAAUAUGAGAAAACAAACCCCGGCUCCAGACAAAAAAGAAAAAGAUCCGUUUGAAGUGGAUCUGUCCCACGUAUAUCUAGCUUAUACGGAGGAGAGCAUGCGGCAGUCCCUGAUGAAACUAGAGAGGCCCAAAACCUCCAAAAGCAGUAAAAGUGGCCGGCCGAAGACGGGCCGAAGGAAAAGAUCUGCGAAACCAGACGCGGUGAUCGAUUCCCUGCUGCAGUGAAGAUGUGGAGCUCGGCAUUGCUCCACCGCUUUUCCUUCACUUCAACUUUGAUGUAACAUAAAAUACGUAUUUAGUCUUGCUUAUGGUUGAGCAGUAAUAGAUUGUGAGCGUGCACUGUAUAGACGGUAAGGUUUUAAAUGUGAUCAAGCGGCACCUUUAUUAGGAAAACAACCACUUGGAAGUAGGGGCGUAAUUUAUCUGCCGUGGAGCCAGGAUAUUCAGUUUGCAAAACUUCAUAAUAAGACAAUCUGCAUGAAGCAGUGCCUUGCAACCAUUUCGCCCUGCUUUAACUUUUUUUUUUUUUUUUUUAAACAUUUUGUCACAUUGCAACCACAAACUUCAAUGUAUGUGUUUGGACUUUGUGUGACAGCCCGAAUGAGACUGCAGCAGUAAGUCUUUUGGGUUAUAUCUCUACUGGCCUUGCAUUAACACACACCAUGCAACAAUGUGGACGGUAACUUCAAAUUUUUGGUUAGUUUUUCACAUAAAAUAGCGAUUUCCAUGUAGGCCAGAGAGCUCUCUCCCUCCAGCACGUGUCUGCUGGCUCCCCUGCAUGUUUUUUUUUUUUUUUGGAUUUCUUCUUGCAGCUCUCCCAAGUGACUAGCAGUUGUCCUGUUGAUGGUUUCUCCCACCCGAGCCGUGGAUCUCUGUAGCUCCUGCAGCGUAACCUUGGGACAGCUUCUGUGAUGGCUCCUCUUUCAGCGUGGUCUAGGUCAGUUUAGGUGGAAAACCAUGUGUUGUCAGGUUUGCAGUUGUGGCAUGCUCUUUGUGUUUUCAGGCUAUGGAUUUGAUGAUGUUCUGUAAAAGGUUUAAAGGUUGGAAUGUUGUUGUUUUUUUAAUCCCACAUCCUCCUUUAAUAUUUUCACAACUCUGACCUGCCUGCUGUGUUCCUUGACCUCCACCGUGCUGUUUGCUCUCUAAAAAACCUGAGGCCUUCGCACAGCAGCUGGAUUUAUACUGAGAGCAAACACAGGCGGGUGUUUUUUUUUUGUUUUGUUUUUGUUUUUUAUACCAAGGCGACUCCUAAAAGUUAUGGCACUGGAUAUGAUCUUGGAGUAUCGGAAUAAAAUGGGCUGCAUAGAAAUGCACACCACGCUUUUGUGAUGUUUUUGUAGCAAAGGGGGGAAAAAAACGUUGAUCAUUUUCCUUCCGCUUUACAAUUGUUCACUACUUUUGUGUUUUUCUGUCACAAAAAUAAAACACAUUGAAGAUUUUGGUUGCAUUGGGACAAAAUGAGAAACGGUACAAGGGGAAUGAAGAUUUGUACAAGUCUGAUCAAAAUGAAAUUACAGUGCUGGUCUCCAAACUGCAACGUCUUCAAGUUGGCUAAAAAAAAAAAGUAUCUCGUUAACGCGUUUAUCCCUCGGAUAUUAAACCUUCGACUGUUUUAAUCAUAAACCAGCCGAUUUAUAUACACUGAAUAACUGAAGACACUGUCUUUGGAUUCCAGUUAAAACCUAAAUUAUUCUACCAAGUUCAGCUGAAGUGCUUAAAAGCUUUCUAAACUGCUUUUUUAAAGUCUGAAGUAUUAAGAGCAUGCAUGCUGUUUAGCUCUUAUGUCGCCACCAUCUAACCCCCCCUCCAGUCAACUUUUUAAUUUCCACACUUGUUGUUGCAUAUAGAUAGAUGUAUGUUUCAUGCACUCGUAGAACACUUUUUUAAAAAAAACAUUAUGUUCUAUAAUGGAUGUAAAAUUGAUUUUCCUUUGUUAUCGUAGCAUAUGUUGAGUGUUUACACCCACAAACAUCUGUAUUUUAUUUAAUAAAUUAUUAUUCAUGACA